AGAUCAUUUAACCGACAAUAUGCAGAAAUGUAUUACCCACGCUUAGUCCAAUUACGGCCUAUUUUGGUAGAAAAGGCCAAGGAAAGAUGGGGAUACCUACCAGCAGAAAAGCCUGUCUAUGUACCAAAGGCAUUAGAAGUACUUGCAGGAGAGCUGUGUUAUAUAAUUGGCACAAUUUAUAUGGAAAUGUCAACAAAGCCUAAUGUUCUUCGCGACCUAAAUGAAGAGAGCUCUCUUAUUGAUCCUUCUGUACCUGAAAAAUAUCGAUCUGAGAAUGAUGUUAUUGCGUUGGAAGAUGAGUCUGGUCGAGUAGAACUUACGGGCCAGCAUCUCAAGAAGGAACAUCUUGUGUCGGGUGCUGUUAUUGCUGUGUUAGGAAAAGAAACACCAUCCGGUGCAUUUGAGAUCUUUGAUGCCUGUCUUCCCGGACUUUCUCCCCAAAGGCCCUUGAAAGCCCAAACUAAACCUGGUGAGUGUCAUAAAUAUGUCGCCAUAUUAUCUGGCCUUAGUAUUGAUAGUGAGGCUGCUCUUGGGUUGAACACCCAGCUGCUGUCUGAAUUUCUUUCUGGUGAACUAGGAAGUAACCAACAAUCUAGUGCGUGUAUUACUCGGUUGAUAAUUGCAGGAAAUUCAGUUGGUAAAGCAAAGGCAGUCGAGAGUGGAGAAAAAGGUCAAAAAUACGGAUACGAAGCAACUCGUUAUAAUUCAUCGGCUAUUGAUAUACUCGACGAUUUUCUGGACGAUGUCAGCUCUUCACUCGAAAUUGAUCUGAUGCCUGGACCUAAUGAUCCAACUGCAGUUCACUUACCACAAAAACCGAUUCAUCCAUUCAUGUUUAGUAAAGCCAAAAUGCAUUCCACAUUCAACACUGUCACAAAUCCAUAUUGCUGUGAUAUCGAUGGUGUAAACUUUUUGGGUACAUCAGGCCAGAAUGUGGAUGACAUCUAUCGAUACUCUAAUGAUGAGAACCGAUUGAAAAUGGCAGAGCUUACUUUGUUCUGGCAACACAUCGCACCAACAGCACCCGAUACACUGUGGUGCUAUCCUCUUGCAGGUGAAGAUUCCUUUCUAGUAAAAGAGUGUCCACAUGUUUAUUUUAUUGGAAAUCAGCCAGAGUUUGAGACUAGCGAUAUCCAAGGACAUGAUGGUCAGAAAGUGCGUGUUAUUUUGGUACCAUCUUUCCAAAAGACUGGACAGAUUGUACUUGUUAACCUGGAUACUUUGGAAGCUAGUACACUUAAAAUCUCUGGUGAAAUAACCCACGAUAAAGACGGAAUGGAUUUGUCUCAUUAA